ACAAUUUAAUUAAUAAAUUUGGGCAGAAAUUAGUUGAGACAGGUGAUACGUACAGCUGUGGUAGCAGGAACAUUGAAUAGCCUAUGUUUCUAUGUCUUCCUUCUCCUUGUGUGUUGGAAAUAUUUCAAGGCUUGCUUUUGAAUUUGUUGAUAUUAUCAUAUGAUCUCCUUUGGAAAAAUACUGAUUUUGACAGAAGGCUUGAGAUGGCCACAGGAUGUAGGUUGAUGAAAGAGUUCCAAAAGUAUAAUGGACCCCUAUUACUAAAAGCUCACAUGCAUUUCUUCUGUGAGUUUGCUUAAUUACAUUGUUGAAAAGCAUGGAAAAAAAAACACUAAAAAAUGCUUGUAAUUACCAAAGAAGAUUACUUUAUGCGUAAAGUGGCGAUUACAGUAACAAGGCAUUGUGGGAGCUCUUUAGCAUAUAUUAAUGAGAAACUCAAGGAGAAGUGUUGCUAAAGCUCUAACUAAACAUUGGAUUAAAAAAAGCCAAAAAAAAAAAAAAAAAGGCUCUAACCAAAGUUACCAAACAAUUAGGCAAACAGACAGGACCCAACUGGCUGCUGAUUUUUACCGGCCUUUCUUCUUGAUUGUUGCUUUCCAGUUUGAGAAAAGGAAAUGCCUCUUUUUUUAAAAUAGUAAUAAUAAUAAUAAUUUUCUUUUCUUUUUCUGACUUUGACUUAGAUAUCAUAUUACAAUUUUCUACUAACUCCAUCUCCCCUUCACGAAACUAAUUUUACAUAUGAGACAGAUUCUUCUCUUCACACGCUUCCUUCGCUGGCCAUUCAUUUUUUUUCCUUUUCUUUUACAUUACCCUUUUCUCUUAUCUCCUCAGUCCUUCUUGAGAAGACCCAUUUCUCUCUCUCUCUCUCUCAUUUUCUUGUUUAGUACUGUUGUUUCGUUUAAAAAGAUUUCGUAUACUUCUUGAUAAUUGUUGUCGCAGUCGCCAUUCCCCCCCCCCCCCCCUCCAAAAAAGAUACUGCAUGUUUGCUUCCAUGGCUCCAUGAACUAUACUUCCACUAAAAUGCUUUCUUGUUUUUGUGCUACUUCAAUGCUAAAAUCCAAAUAUUACUCACUGUCAAUGGUUCUUUCCCGGGUUUCUUUGUACCAUUGAACUUUUGAGAGAUCUAAGGUUUUUGCUUCUCUUACGGGUUUCCUCCAAGAACUGGGGAGAAAAGAAUCUCUACUUUUGCCAUAGCAUUUCCAUCUAUAUCACUUCUUCUCAUUUUUGGGUCUUACAAAGAUCAAGAAUAUAUGAAGAUGGAGCCAAUGAAGUCAAAGAUGAAAGGGGUAUUUUCAUCAGCGAACAAAAGCUCUCUCUAUGGCAAAGGCAAUGUGAAUGUUGAGGACUUGGAGAUUAGGCCAGGAGGAAUGCUAGUGCAGAAGAGGAAUUCUGAUUCCUAUCAGAAUUCUGUUCCAAUUCCCAGUAUUAAAAUCAAAGUCAAAUAUGGUUCUCUGAGUCACCGAAUCUGUAUUAGUUCUCAAGCGAGCUUCGGGGAAUUGAAGAAGAUCCUAGCAGAACAAACUGGAGUGCACCCUCAGGAUCUGAAGCUGAUAUACAAAAAGAAGGAGAGAGAUUCCAAAGCAUAUCUAGACAUUGCAGGAGUAAAAGAUGGGUCAAAAAUUAUGUUAAUUGAGGACAUUACAAGCCGGGAAAAACGGUGCCUUGAGAUGCUUAAAUCUGCCAAAAUAGAGAAGGCUUCAAAGUCCUUACAGCAAAUCAGUUUGGAAGUUGACAAUCUCCAAACAAGGGUGAAAGACUUGGAAGCAACAGCAUCUAAUGGUGAUAAAGUUGCAGAGACAGAUGCAGAUAAUUUGACAGAAAUAUUAAUGAAUAUGUUAGUAGCAUUGGAUGGAAUCGCUGCUGAGGGAGACUUGAAGCUGCAAAAAGGGAUGCUGGAAAGGAAAGUUCAGAGGUAUAUUGAAACACUGGAUAUGUUGAAGUUGCAAAACUCCAAAGAUAAUGGAAAUGAGGUCAAAAUCGCAAUGCAGAAACAAGAGAAUUCAAGUGGGAAAAUGCCAAUACCAAUGCAGAAGCAGCCAGUUGGUCCAAGGCAGAAGAAUACAACAGUGCAGUUGCCCAUACAACAGCAAUUAUUGAGGCAUUCUGAGUCGUUUGUCAUCACAACAAAUUGGGAAACUUUUGAUUAACAAAAAAAAAAUGAAGACAAUGGUCAUUUUCAAUCCUACAGAUUGGAUCUGCCAGUGCUUUCAGUAAGUUAUAUCUGAAUCGCUCUGGUUCCUUCACUCAUUAUUUUCUGUGUUGGAUUUAUAAGGGUAUUUCUUUUUUGGUUUUUCAGUUAAUGUUCUUGAAUAAUGAGUCCUGUCCUUGAAAAUGCAAAUGUGCAUUUUUACUUUUUUUUUUUUUCCUACCUUUUCUUUUGGUGGCAGAAAUGGCUAUUUGAAAAUUGUAUAUACAUGCAGCAGAUGGUGGAUAGGAAAGGGAGAGGCUUUUUAAUUAAUAUUAUUAUGUACAUAGUAUUUACAGAUAUAUUAUAUAGCAGUUAUUAAUUGGAGGAUUGUGGACAUGUAGUGAAGAAUUUGUUGCAACUGGUAGCACCAUGGGACCACAGACCAACCCAUCUUGUUCAUAAAAUAUAAAUUUCUCCUCUUGGUACCAUUACUCAACUUUCUAA